AUGCUCGUCGAUGGUGAAAAGUGGGCUUGUGAAGCUUGCGUCCGGGGUCAUCGGGUUAGCAGCUGUCACCACAGUGACCGCCCCUUGACCCACAUCAACAAAAAAGGCCGUCCAGUCUCUCAAUGUACUCACUGCCGCGGCCUACGCAAGUCUCGGACAACCCACACCAAAUGUGAUUGCGGCGACAAAAAGAAGAAGGAUGACUGCCAUGUGACCGACAUCCACAACCGCUGUGGCUGUUGCCAUGGUCAGCGCUGCACCUGUGCGCUCAAAAAGGAACAUCAUUUGGAUACUGUACCCGAAACUGGUCUCCCCUUCUCUCCCCCGCUUCCAACUGAAACCCCGCGGAAACCUCCCCUUACGUCCACUAAAUCCGAAUCGACGCUCACGAUAUUCCGCGAUGGUCACCAUAAACCAGCCCAUAAGCAUAAUGACAUGGCCCACAAAUGUGGAUUGCCCUACACGAUCCCACGAUCACAUACUAUCCACCAUCCACACGACUUACCCCGUCGUUCCGUGGAUCAUUUGCCUUUGACCCAGUCAGCCUUUGUCAAGGAACCUCUUACUCUGUCGGAUCACCCGAGUUCACAACAGCCGUCGCAAAAUGGCUCUCCGAACAGUGCGCUUGCAUCGGGUGCUGAAGAAGAUGUGAAGCCCGCUCCUCAUGAUCAGCCAUAUUUCGAUCAAUUCGCCACACCCGCCCUUCCUCCUUCAUCAUUAGAUCGGCCUCAAAAUGGGACAGCAAAUCCUACCUCUGCCCCUUCCACGAUGGACAAAUACCCUCUAGAACACAUUGUCACCAGUGUUCCUCCUCUUGACGUCUCCUCUUUCGCCUCCUUCCCGACAACGAGCACCAAUUCCCCGGUCACCUGCAUGGCAUUUCAAGAACCCUAUCAAGAAUGCUAUUUCACCUCUCCAGACUCCGAUAUGCCUCUGGGAUCUGCCGGUAUUGGUGCUCCCUCGGUCGACUGGUCGAGCUUCCCUCUAUACUCCGACGUGCCUGCUUCAACCAGCACACAAGCCCCCUCAUACGCUAGCUUUGAUUACAAUGGGUACCCAUCGGGCCUGCCACCGCCAUCAUCCUCCGGGGAGAUUUCAGAGGCCGACGAGUUCGGGCCGCUUCCCGGUCUUGGUCAUGCUGGCAAUGACAUGCAUGAUCUGCACAGCGUGAGCGAAGCCUCGGACAUGGACCACCUCCGCGUCAGCUCUGCAUCCUCAUUGGUUGGUUUACCUCAGACGCGUCUGCUAUCAUCCAAUGACCUGGAUUCAAUCAGCAUCGACGACUUCCUCAAGUCUACCAAUGAGUCCACUGCUGCGCUCGAGCACCAGCUGCAGGCCAGUAUUACCAUGGAGACAAAACCAGUCCUUGCGCAUGAUAUCUACGCUAUGCCCCAAGCGCCUAUGUACAAGCCUAUGACGCCGGCUCCGAUGACCAGCGUCCCCUCGCCGCCGGACUCAAUUCCCAUCUGGACGGGUGGUCUCUUCGAUGCUGACACCACCCCACCCAUGGAUGACAACUUCUUCCAACAAUCCUGGGCCCAGUAA